AUGGGAAACAUGUCCAUAACUGAGGCCUGGAACAGCUCAACCGUGACCACAUUCAUCCUCCUGGGAUUUGCGGACCAUCCGGAGCUCCAGGCCCUCCUCUUUGUCACCUUCCUGAGCAUCUAUCUUGUGACCCUGGCCUGGAACCUGGCCCUUAUCCUACUGAUCAGAAGUGACAUCCGUCUGCACACACCCAUGUACUUCUUCCUCAGCAACUUGUCCUUCAUUGACAUCUGCUACUCCUCUGCCGUGGCCCCCAAGAUGCUCAUUGGCUUUUUCCAAGAGCGGAAGACCAUAUCAUUCUUGGGCUGUGCUGCUCAGUUCUUUUUCUUCGUCGGCUUGGGUCUAACUGAGUGCUUCCUCCUGACCGCUAUGGCAUACGACCGAUAUGCAGCCAUCUCCAGACCCCUGCUCUACACUGCCAUCAUGUCCCAGGGCCUCUGUACACGCAUGGUGGUUGGGGCCUACAUCGGUGGCUUCCUGAGCUCCCUCAUCCAGGCCAGCUCUAUAUUUCGCCUCCAGUUUUGUGGACCCAAUAUCAUCAACCAUUUUUUCUGUGACCUCCCACCAGUCUUGGCACUUUCUUGCUCUGACACCUUCCUCAGUCAACUGGUGAAUUUCCUCGUGGUGGUCACUGUUGGGGGGACAUCAUUCCUCAUCCUCCUUCUGUCCUACAGUUACAUAGUGGCUGCUGUCUUGAAGAUCCGCUCAGCGGAAGGAAGGAAAGCCUUCAACACAUGUGCCUCGCACCUGAUGGUGGUGACUCUGAUGUUUGGGACGGCCCUUUUCAUGUACCUGCGACCCAGCUCCAGCUACUCGCUUGGCAGGGACAAGGUGGUGUCUGUGUUCUAUUCGCUGGUGAUCCCCAUGCUGAAUCCUCUCAUCUACAGUUUGAGGAACAAAGAAAUCAAAGAUGCCUUGUGGAAGAUGUUGGAAAAGAAGAAAGUCUUUUCCUGUUCAUGA